AUGAAUGAUGACGAAAUUGAUGUUCCUAUAACAGAAGAGAACAUGUGCUCGGUGCUUGGCAUCAAUGACGAACCUGAGCAUCGGAAAAUUGUAUCUGAAGCAGCCAUGAAAGCCUCCAUUGCAGAUGUUGAUGCAUGUGUGGCUGAUAUUGAUGAGGAUUUACUUGUUGAUGCGGCUCUUCCUGUGCCUGACCAUAUGCCUGAAGAGGAUCACUUUUGGUAUGAUAAGGAACAUCCUGUGAUACAGGAAGGAUCUUUGUUUCGUUCAAUGAACGAGUUUAGGAUGCUCAUCAGAACAUUUGCUAUUAGAGGCAAGUUUGACAUCAAGAUCAAGGAUAGUGACACUACUAGAUUUUUGGGUCACUGUAAAGGAAAUGCAUGUCCUUGGAGAAUAACUGCUAGGACAAUAGAAGAUGGAAAAAUAGUCAGGGUUAACAAGAUAGUAAAGCCUCAUAAGUGUUCAUCAACCGCUGCAGUGACAACAAGCAUGGCAGACCAAGCAUGGGUGGCAGAAAAGGGAAAAGAAAGGGCCAAGAAUAGUUUAUAUGGGACCUGGGGAAAAAGCUUUCAGUCGUUAUUGAACUUCAAAGCUAAGAUUGAUAAAAGAUCUCCCGGUAGCAUUGUCGAGGUUGAUGUCAAGAGGGAAAGAGGUGAAGUGCAUUUCCGCAGAUUUUUUAUGGCACUUAAGCCGUGCAUUGAUGGCUUCUUGGCUGGUUGUAGACCAUAUGUCAGUGUAGACUCCACAUUUUUGACUGGAAAGUGGAAUGGUCAAUUAGCAGCAUGUACAGCACUAGAUGGACAAAAUUGGAUGUUUCCUUUAGCAUUUGGUUUCUUUGCUACGGAGACCGAGGAUAACUGGAUUUGGUUUAUGCAACAACUGCAUAGGGCAAUAGGACAUCUUCAAACUCUAGCUAUUUGUACUGAUGCAUGCAAAGGGUUAGAGAAUGCAGUUAAAAUUGUGUUUCCUCAAGCUGAGCAAAGGGAAUGCUUUAGGCAUCUAAUGGCAAACUUCAAAAAAAAGUUUCAUGGAGAUGUUUUUGGUCGCAUGUGGCCAGCAGCCAAGGCUUAUCGUCUGGAAACAUUUAACUAUCAUAUGGCCAAGAUAUUUGAAGCUGAACCUGCAGUGAGUGUCUACUUGUGUACCUAUCAUAACUUAAAGUGGAUGAGAUGCGACUUCAACACAAAAAUAAAAUGUGAUUACAUUCACAAUAAUCUAGCCGAGUGCUUCAAUAGCUGGAUCAAAGGAACAAAAGAGCUGCCCAUGGAUGAGCUAGCCGAUGCAAUAAGAGAGAAAAUUAUGAUACUUGUUUAUAGAAGGAGAAGGAUUGGGGAAAUGCUUCAGGGAGAGAUAUUGCCUGCCAUCAUUCAACAAAUAAAUAAUAGAACUAGGCAACUUGACCAUUUGGUUGUUGGAAGAUCAACGGGAGAAAGUUGUGAGGUGAAGGACACUAGCAAAAAUAAUCUUAGGCAUGUUGUGAAGAUAGGCAGCCGUGAGUGCACUUGCCUAGAAUGGCAACACACUGGAAAGCCCUGUGAGCAUGCACUUGCAUUCCUUAUAGAGACGGCAGAUGUAAAUUUUCAUCCAUAUGUACAUGAGUACUACUCCGUGAGUAGGUUCCGGGCUGCCUAUGCUGGAGAGAUUGAACCAAUCACAGACAAGUCUCAAUGGCCUCAUGUUAAUAUAGAUUUCGAAAUGGUGCCACCGGUUUUAAAGAGAUCUGUUGGGAGACGGAGGAAGCAGAGAAUCAAAAGUUGCCUUGAAGAAGGUGGUGGUGGUGGCAGCAAACGGAAGAAAAAAGAUGAUAAUGGCAAAACAAAUAGCCAAGAAGGAGGUGAGAAAGAGAAGGAAAAAGAAAAGAAGAGAUUUGGCAGUAAAAAUAGGUGCAAAGAUUGUGGGAUAUUGGGGCACAUGAAAGCAACUUGCAAACAAAAUGAAGCUAAAAAGAGUGACGUGUCUGCGCAUGAGCUCGCUCCAGUUGUUGUUGCGACACCUACACGCACAACAACAAUAACACUGCCUCCCAGCCUUCAUAACAGCCCUGGGCCUAUCACAAGGAGGAGGCUUGCUAUGGCCAUAGCUGGAGACGAUGCAUCACAACCCCAUGUGGGACAACUAUUGAUUCUGUAG